CAGCACUCGUAUCGAAAUAACUUUACACCCUUAUCCGCCGUCUCUCUCUCGAUCAGUUCUCUUCUCGAUAACGGUGUAAUGUCAUCCCCAGAGCCUUCGGAGAAGAAGAAGGAAAAGAAGCGGAAGACAAGGAAGAAACAUCAAGAUGAGAGGCAGCCUAAAAAGCCUAAGUAUUCACCUUCAAAGUGGGACACAAGUAGCUCUGAAUCUGAGAAUGAGAGCCUCUAUCAUCGAAACGAACUCGUUGUUGGAAAUCUUCCUAGAAAUGCUACCCGUAACUCUGUGAUGAAGUUUUUUAAUGGCAAGCCUGAUGACGCAAAUGCUCGUGACCUUCUUAACCAAAAAGGUGAAUUUGUCGACCGUCAAGGCGUGGCCAGGUUUCAUUCUCGUUCUGAUACAAAAGAGGGUCUGGCCUUGAAUGGUAAAAAGUUCGGAGGAAGAACAAUUUACGUUACACGGAAUGGUAACAGUCGAGAAAUAAUGUGUGUUAGUGGUUUCAACAACCAAGUAGCCGUAGAUGAUAUCAAAGAGGAGCUUAGUCGUGUAUUCAGCCAACGUGGAGAACUUCUGAAUAUAUUUCUACCAGUGGAUAGUAUUACUGGUUCCAGUCUUGGGUUUGGGUACAUAUACAUUGAUCUUAUGGAAAAAUCUUACAAGGAUUUGAUUCAGUCUACCGAAAUUGGUGGCGUUCAAGUUAAUAUCAGAGAGGCUAAACCUAAACUAUACUACCGAGCUGAAAUGGAGGGUACACAGCAACCAGUCUUGAUAGAGGGAAGUGAUGAAGAAAAGAAGUUUACUCUGAAAAAGAAGCUAUUACCUAUACCACCCAAUUUACACAACUUGGUGGCGAAUCAAAGGAGAUUCUCUUGGAGAAAGGAUAAACCGAACUUAAUCCCUGAGACUCGUAAACAACUGGCAUCUGAAUGUUGGGCUAUUGGCCUUCACAAAGGUCUUUUAGCUUCUGCUAAACAAGCAGGAAAAAAAGAACCAGUUCCUACAAUUGAAGAGAUUGUUAAGGGUGUUGAUGCUGCUUAUCAAGCAUCAGGAGAAGGGAUCCGUAGGCUGAAGUAUGCACUUCCCUUCAUGCAGAACCACUGCAAGGAAAUGCUUGUUUACCGCCGGCCUAGAGGUGAUGAUGUGGCCCUCUUUGAAGAUUUUGAGAGACUUCUCAUUGAUGUUUCGACAAAAGUACCUGUCAUGGUAACAGUUGAGUGUGUUCCAGGUUUUGUGCAGUUCAAUGGACAAGGAAUGUAUCGGCCAAAUGAUAUUGACUGUUAUUUGAGGACUUUCGAAAAGUUUCCAAUCCAUUGUCUCUUCUUGACUGGAAAUGAUAUUGAUGAGAAUGGGAUUGAGUUCUGGCAACUCCAGGAAACUUCUGGAAAGGAGUAUGGAGAUGACGAGGGUUUCAUUAAGAUGGAAAGACACAAGUGCCUGAUUAAAUCAGUGGUUGUUUUCAAGCAUUGAAGUGAAGUGGAGGAGAUCCUGGGCAGAGACCGUUAUUGUUGACUUUUUUUCUAAGAUGUUUAUAUGCAAACUUUGUUUUGUAACCAACUUUUCUUUUUGUACUGUCUAAACAUUGAGAUAGUUGUCAUGAC